AUGGUGACCCUUGAAGAUGUCGAGGGCAGCCUCCUCCAGAAGCCAUCUGAUGCUGCUCACAAAGUCCAGACUCGAAGCGCCUCCGCCUACAAGCCUUUACAAUCCUUCGCUCUCGACAAGCAACGCUCCUACAAGCAACAGUAUGGCGAUAUGUAUUUUUUGCGCCUUACCAAGAUCAAACCAGCCGUCGAUAAAGUAGCUGAUGCAGCCUGGACCGGUACAAGUAUCGGCGACGAGGAGGCCCAGAGGGUUGAGCGUGUGCUUGAUGUCCGUCAGGGAGAGCUGUGCUAUGUCACUGGCACCGUAUAUAUGGAGAUGCCCCUUAAGCCGAAUAUUUUGGAAGACGUUUCCAAGGACCGCUGGAUCUCUGCCCCUAUCUCGACACCUAAAUACUUCUCCGACGACGACCAGGUCAUGUUGGAGGACGAGUCAGGUCGUGUCAGACUAGUAGGCGACCUGUUGAAGAACUUACACCUCGUAACGGGAUGCAUUAUCGGUGUCAUGGGCACAGAGAAUUCCAAUGGCGAGUUCGAAGUCAUUGACGUCAAAUUCCCUGACCUACCUCCCCAGCCCGACCGCUGGAGUCUCUCGAAGCCUGCAUUAAACAAGGGCAAGAAGAAUGAUGAAGAUGAGGAAAUGGCUGAUGCUUCUGAAAACAAAAAGAGCAGCAACAAGAUUGCCAUUGUUUCUGGAUUGUUAUUCUCAGGCACUGACGCUUCUUAUGCCCUCGAGAUUGACCUUCUUCUAGAGUAUCUACUCGGUGAAGCUCUAAGCCCUAAAAGCCAAGCCGAUGUUGCCCAUAUCAGCCGACUCAUUAUCGCCGGCAACUCUAUCUCAACAACAGACCGCAAGCCCGCCGCCGCAGAUGAAGCACUCUCGGAGAAGAAGGGCCAGAAGAAGUACGGUUACGACGCCAGUGCCUACAACCCGCUCCCCUCUCAGCUCUUCGACGCUUUUGUCGCGGAGCUUCUCCCCUCUAUACCUAUCACAAUUCUCCCUGGCAGUCAGGACCCAGCAAACGCUAGUUAUCCACAGCAACCUGUGCAUCCAGCUAUGUUUCCCUCGGCACGAGCUUACACCCGCGACCCGACCGCUCCAACGACACAGCCAGCUUGGUUCGACACUGUUACAAAUCCUUGGGAAGCUGAGCUCGAAGGAUGGCGGGUUCUGGGAACUGGUGGUCAGAAUAUCGACGAUGUUUUCAAGUACGUUGGCAGUGAUGAUCGCCUCGGCAUGAUGGAGGCCAUGUGUCGAUGGCGGUGCUGUGCUCCUACUGCACCUGAUACACUCUGGAGCUACCCGUUCCAGGACGAUGACCCCUUUGUUAUGCAGACCUGUCCACAUCUCUACUUUGUCGGCAACCAACCACAAUUCUCGACCAAGGUUGUGCAUGGCCCCGAGGGUCAAUCAGUGCGGCUCAUCACUAUCCCAGCUUUUUCGGAAACGAAGGAGUUGGUGCUAGUUGAUACAGAAACAUUGGAGGUUGAGAGGAUCAAGAUUUCCGCAUCAUGA